AGGGAGGAGGCAAAGGGACAAGUCACAUCCGGAGUUUUUGUGACUCAAAUUAAGUAAAUGUAUCAUGUCAGUAAUAAGAAAAACAUGUGCCCUGCAGCUGGAGCUGAGACGUCUGGACUCUCAGGUUGGCAACUCUUUCACACUGUUGUUGUAACCUGUACAGCUGAUAGUUAAUUAAGCAAAUGAAUAGAUCUUACUCUGGCAAAAGAGGCACACCCAUGUUUUUCAGAGGAUGCACUGAAUCACAGACAUUGCCAUUUCACUGUUUGUGUCCGGUGGAGGGGUGUGUGGGGGAGCUCAUAACCUGCAGCUAGGCAGUUAAAAUAAUCGAUUAGUGCAUGUUCAAUCCCAAGCCAGGGACGGGGAGGGGGGAGGAGGAGGGUGUGGGAAGGGAGAGAGAGAGAGACAGAGAAGAGCGAGGGUGUGGUGGCUAGGGAGAGGGGGAGGGAGGCGGGAAAGGUGCUGAUUUCAGCCCUGUAGCGUCAGGAUUGCGUCAAUUUGGGUUUCAACCACGUACUCAGUCUCAGAGCGGAGCUACUCAGAAGAGCCAAAACAGGAAGGGGGUUGCAAAUCAGUGUGCAAAGGGGAGGACCGAAGGUUCCCCUCCCCCCUCUCCUCCAGUCCCCUCGCAGCCUCCUCCUCCACUGUCCCCACUGUUCGUGUCUCCGGGUUUUGGGUGUUUUUGUUGAUGUUUCCUUUUUUCCUCUCUUUCUGAUUUUUCUUCUUUUUUUUUUUUUUUUUUUUUUUUUUUUUUUUUUUUUUUUUUUUAACUGUGCUGUCAAAGACUGUUACCCGGGUGCCGUGAGUGCGGAUUGCUAGGGGACAGCAGGGCAGGGCGCUUGGUGCCCCGGGCAGGUCGCUUGGCAUCCGGGGAGGCGGCUCCAGCCCCGGACAGCCGCUACAGCCCCGCGGACAGCGGCUCCAGCCCCGUACAGCCGCUCCAGCACCGCGGACAGCGGCUCCAGCCCCGUACAGCCGCUCCAGCACCGCGGACAGCGGCUCCAGCCCCGGACAGCCGCUCCAGCACCGCGGACAGCGGCUCCAGCCCCGGACAGCCGCUCCAGCCCCGCGGACAUCCCUCGCCACCAACAUGGCUCCGAUAGCGGACAGCCGCCAGCAGUUCGAUGAAAUUCCUACAGUGGUUGGGAUCUUUAGUGCAUUUGGCCUUGUCUUCUCUGUCUCCCUCUUUGCUUGGAUCUGCUGCCAACGCAAAUCUUCCAAGUCCAAUAAGACCCCUCCAUACAAGUUUGUCCAUGUUCUGAAGGGGGUUGAUAUUUACCCUGAGAAUCUCAACAGCAAGAAGAAGUUUGGAGCAGAUGAUAAAAGUGAAGCAAAAAAUAAAUCAGCAAUGCCAAAGAAUUCUCUCCAUCUUGACCUGGAGAAGCGAGAUCUAAAUGGCAAUUUCCCCAAAACAACCACAAAAAUGCAGGGCUUUCCAGAUCUUGAAAAUUCAUCUCCUAAGCACUUUGCAGAAAGGAAGAAAGAUUCAGUAUCCCCUGAUAGCUUAAAAUCCAUCACUUCCCUGUCAUCUGAAGAUAAACAAGACAAGCUAGGAACUCUUUUUUUCUCCUUAGAGUAUAACUUUGAGAAAAAAGCGUUUGUAGUGAACAUCAAAGAAGCUCAUGGGCUGCCAGCAAUGGAUGAACAGUCAAUGACUUCUGAUCCUUACAUCAAAAUGACAAUCCUGCCUGAGAAAAAGCACAAGGUGAAAACCAGAGUGCUGAGAAAAACCUUAGAUCCAGCUUUCGAUGAGACUUUCACAUUUUAUGGGAUCCCCUAUAGCCAAAUUCAAGACUUAACACUUCACUUCAUGGUCUUGAGCUUUGACAGAUUUUCCAGAGAUGAUGUCAUUGGAGAAGUCCUCAUCCCCCUCGCUGGAAUUGAACUCUCAGAAGGAAGGCUGCUAAUGGACAGAGAGAUCAUCAAAAGAAAUGUUAGGAAAUCAUCUGGUCGUGGAGAAUUACUGGUCUCUCUCUGUUAUCAAUCUACAACAAACACACUCACUGUCGUUGUUCUAAAAGCCAGGCAUCUACCUAAAUCUGAUGUGUCAGGAUUAUCAGACCCUUAUGUCAAAGUGAACCUGUACCAUGCUAAGAAGAGAAUUUCUAAAAAGAAAACCCACGUGAAGAAAUGCACCCCCAAUGCAGUGUUCAAUGAAUUGUUUGUUUUUGACAUUCCUUGUGAGGGCCUUGAUGAUAUCAGCAUUGAAUUUCUGGUUUUAGAUUCAGAUAGGGGCUCAAGGAAUGAGGUGAUUGGCCGGUUAACCUUGGGAUCUUCAGCAGAAGGAACAGGUGGAGAACACUGGAAAGAAAUUUGUGAAUAUCCUAGGAGACAAAUUGCCAAAUGGCAUAUGUUAUGCGAUGGUUAGCAGCUUAGAGAGGGGAUGAAACCUAAAUAACUAUAUAUAUUUCCAUAGGCAAGGAGCAGGUUUUUUUAUUGUUGUUUUGUUUUUGUUGGGGUUUUUUUUUGCUAUGUUUAAUUAAUAAUAAGCUUUUCACUGCAUUUUUUUUGUUUUUGUUUCCCCAAAGGGACAGAGGCUUUGAAAUAAAAUUGGAUUGAAUUAUCAGAACAGAAGGUAACUUAACUUUCACAGUAAAUAAUGAAAUUUCUAUUUCAUUUAACUUUAACAUUAGUUCAGAUUAAUCUUCUUCUAGAGUUUAAGUGGCCUGUAAAUUUUGAAGCACUGUAAACCUCAAGAAGAGCAAACUACGUUUUGGAAGUGUCGCUUAUUAGUGACUCAAAUAUGGAAGAAGAUAACCUUAUUACAAUAUACCCAAAAAUGACCCAACCUGUGGCUUAUUAGAGAAGGGGAUGGAUCUAUAAAAGCCAUGGGGAUUAAGGGUGAGUUGGGGGGGAAUUCCUUCUGCCCCUCCACCAAAAACCUUCUUUUAUGAAAAUUUAAUC